AACAUUAAACACAGACUCACAGGAACACGGGCUGCUCAGACACUCAGCACGACAGUUCCCUGAGCCACUCCUGGAAAAUAAUGACUUGGAUAAGGAACAGUUAAUAAGAAAAUGUGCCUUGCUAACCGUGCACAGUACAACAAAGAGCUGGCAGCCCCUGAAGGAAAAGGGCUUGUGCGGCUGCCGUUCAAACUUGUCAGUCAACCCGUGCCAGCAGCCGCAGCGUCUGCCUCCCCAGCACACCCUCAUUACAUGUGUCUGGCCUCAUCUGUGCGUCCUCGGCUCAGAGACACUCCUGACAAGUCGGGGAUCUCUUCCUUUCUCGCUGGUGCAAAGAGCGGAUUUCUCUCCUGUCUCUUCUGUCACCUCCAGCUCCUCUCCCCCUAGGAGGUACCUUGAUUUAUGGUAGCUUGGAACUUUCAGCGGCUGCCUGUCCUUGACUUUUAGAAUGGAAGAAGCUGAGCUGGUGAAGGGAAGACUCCAGGCCAUCACAGAUAAAAGAAAAAUACAGGAAGAAAUUUCACAGAAACGUCUGAAAAUAGAGGAAGAAAAAUUGAAACACCAAUAUCUAAAGAAAAAGGCCUUGAGGGAGAAAUGGCUCCUGGAUGGAAUCAGCAGUGGAAAAGAACAGGAAGAGAUGAAGAAGCAGAACCAGCAAGAUCAGCACCAGACCCAGGUUCUAGAGCAAAGCAUCCUCAGGCUUGAGAAAGAAAUCCAAGAUCUUGAAAAGGCUGAACUGCAAAUCUCCGCCAAUGAAGAGGCAAUUCUAAAGAAGCUAAAAUCGAUCGAGAGGACUACAGAAGACAUAAUAAGAUCUGUGAAGGUGGAAAAGGAAGAAACCCCAGAAGGUAUAGUCAAUCGGGAUAUCUAUGCUAAUAUCCCUGACCUUCCCAGUUCCUACAUACCCUCCAGAUUAAGAAAGGAAAGAAAUGAAGGACAAGAUGACGAUGAUCAAAAUAGAAAAGCUUUGUAUGCCAUGGAAAUUAAAGUUGAAAAAGAUUUAAAGACUGGAGAGAGCGUUGUUCUGUCUUCAAUACCGCUCCCAUCAGAUGACUUUAAAAGUACGGGAAUAAAGGUGUACGACGACGGACAGAAGUCCGUCUACGCAGUCAGCUCCAAUCAGAACACAACCUACAAUGGCACCGAUGGGCUCGCGCCUGUCGAGGUGGAGGAUCUCCUAAGGCAAGCCUCAGAGAGGAACUCUAAAUCACCCACAGAGUACCAUGAGCCUGUGUAUGCCAAUCCGUUUUGCAGGCCCAUGACUCCACAGAGAGAAAGAGUAAGCCCUGGACCAAACUUUCAAGAAAGGAUAAUGAUGAAAGCUAAUGGACUGGGGAACCGUGCAAUGGAAUCCACAUACAAUAUGAAUGAUGGGCUUUCAGAGCGUAGAAGCAAUGGUCCCACUCAAGCCAACCUGACUAGACCAACACCUCAGCCCCGAUCAAUAAUGGUUCAGCAAGCAGAAGAGACGGUCGACAGCCGGCAAAUGAGGACAGAAACUCCUUGGGAAGAAUCCAGCAUCAGGCAGAAUGAACAUGAGGUUUCUCCAACGAUGGGACUGAGCCCCAACAGAGCAAGCCCUGGGAAGUCACGACCCCAGAGUUCUUCGCCUGCUUGCCAGGAGGAGGAGGCAGAAGAUGUCAGAUACAACAUCGUUCAUUCUCUGCCUUCUGACGUGGAUGACACAGAACCUGUGACGAUGAUUUUCAUGGGGUAUCAACAAGCAGAUGAGAAUGAGGAAGAAAAGAAGCUUUUGACCGGGUAUGACGGGGUCAUCCAUGCUGAGCUGGUCGUGAUUGAUGAUGAGGGGGAGGAGAAUGAAGGACAAGCUGAGAAGCCGUCCUACCAUCCCGUAGCUCCCUGCAAGCAGAUUUACCAGCCAGCCAAACCAACCCCUCUUCCCAGAAAGCGAUCGGAAGUUAGUCCUCAUGAAAACACCAACCAUAAAUCUCCCCACAAAAAUUCCAUAUCUCUGAAAGAGCAAGAGGAACGCUUAGGCAGCCCUGCCCACCGCUCUCCCCCGGGUGUUCCACUAGCUGGAGAUGGGACUGAGGAUCCUUCUUUAACAGCUUUAAGGAUAAGAAUGGCCAAGCUGGGGAAAAAGGUGAUCUGAGAGCCAUAGUGCCACCUGAAUAGCCUUUGAAGAAGAAGCCAAGAAAUGCCUGACACUCUCUCUUCUGAAUACUUUUAUUUCUUGUUCUUAAAGUCCAAAUAUAUAUAUAAUUAAACCCAUAGUAAGCCACAUAAAUAAAUAUUAGUCAUUAUUUGUGGGGGGAAAGCCCCCGAAAAAACUGGGGACAGCAAAUGCUAACUUUUCCAGUUACUUGACAUGACUCAGUGGGGUUGGGGGAACCAAUAUAUUUUUAUUGUAUUGAUACCAAAGCAUUUCUAAUAAGAGCUUGUUAAAUUUAAGAAUAAAGUUAUUUAAAGUAUUUUGACUAUCUUG